AUCUUGUUUAAUAUUGCCGAUUGACCUUCCACGUUUUGGAUUCUUUUUCAAUGUCUUUUUGUGAAUCGAAUGACAAACCGUACUUGAGAAGUUACAUUCACCUACAAAACCAUGAUAACAAAGACUUAAAGAUACGUAUUAUGCAGUGGAACAUGCUUGCUCAAGGUUUUAUUCCGUUGGAUGAAUUCAUAUACUGCCCAUGUGAAAUGCUAUCAUUUGAACGUAGAUGUAAAUUGAUCAGUGAGGAGAUUCUGCGUUAUGACCCAGACGUUGUUUGUUUACAGGAAGCAGACAUAGUCAAGGACAUAGUAAAAAGUCUCAAUGCGAGUAGUGGGAAAAAUAAUUAUUCGUUUUAUUUCCUACCAAAGUUAUCUUCUCCUUGUUUGAUGGUUAAAAAUAAUCACGGACCUGAUGGACUUGCUGUUAUUUAUCGGAAUGACAAUUACGAACUGAUAAAAUGUGAAAAGAUUUCUCUCAAUGAAGACGACUCACGUCAUGCUCUUUUUUGUCAUUUCACAUCCAAGAUUGUUGGGCACAUGAACAAGAGCUGCUGUAAUAUAUACCUAAUAUGUCUUCACUUGAAAGCUAAGGAAUAUUGCUCUGAAAUACGGAGAAAACAAGGAGAGAAGCUUGUUAAAUAUUUAAAUUCAUUUAUUAAGGAUAUUUCCUCCACCUCUGUACCUGUAAAUAACACUGUACUUCCACCCAUUUUUAUUUGUGGUGAUUUCAAUGCUGAACCCACAGAACCAGUAAUUAAUAUUUUACGAAAUUCCUAUUUGGAUUCCAACGCCCUGUACAAACUCACAAGUGCCUAUUAUGUAGCGGGUGGUUGUAAAGAGCCUGAGUUUACAACAUGGAAAAUCAGAAAAAGCAAACGAAUUGUAAAUCUUACCGAAGACUGUCACACAAUUGAUUAUAUUUGGUACUGUGAUCAAUUAUGCACUUUAUUAGGUGUUUGGUCUAUUCCAUCCAAGACUGAAAUCGGUCCGAAUGCACUACCAUCAGCUAUAUUUCCAUCAGACCAUAUGAAUUUAAUUGCAGAUUUCAGUUUACGUUUAUGUAAGUAGUAUGUUGCCGUCUUUGAUCUAUCAUCUUUUUUAAGGUGAACAUUAACUUCAUCAUAUUUACUGCUUUAAUUGGUUGUUAACUUUGAUUUACACUUAGUUUAAUAUGGCUACAAGUCAAUUUACUAAGUAUGGAUAUCUAUUUAAAUGGAACCAUGAAAUCAAAUACUUAUUUGGUUUACUGAAAUUUCAUUUUCGUGAUGUUUACUAAAUAAAUUUUGUAAAUAUAUUUCGAUGAUUUAUUUCUCCAAAUCAUAACUUUAAAGUUUCAUUGUUUGAUUACUUAACUUUGACUAUAACAAUAGUUUCUUCGAAUGCUA